AUGCAGAAGCAGGCCCAAGGUUGGUUAGAGUGCUGCGCAAGAUGUCUGAUAGGGGCACCCUUUGCUUCGCUGGUUGCCACUGGGUUGUGUUUCUUUGGGGUAGCACUGUUUUGUGGCUGUGGGCAUGAAGCACUCACUGGCACCGAGCGGCUAAUUGAGACCUACUUCUCCAAAAACUACCAGGAUUAUGAGUAUCUUAUUGACGUGAUCCACGCGUUCCAGUAUGUCAUCUAUGGAACGGCUUCUUUCUUCUUCCUCUAUGGAGCCCUCCUUCUGGCUGAGGGCUUCUACACGACUGGUGCCGUCAGGCAGAUCUUUGGCGACUACAAGACCACCAUCUGCGGCAAGGGCCUCAGCGCUACGUUUGUGGGCAUCACCUAUGCCCUGACCAUCGUCUGGCUCCUGGUGUUUGCCUGCUCUGCUGUGCCCGUCUACAUUUACUUCAAUACCUGGACAACAUGCCAGUCCAUUGCCUUCCCCACCAAGACCUCUGCCAGUAUAGGCACGCUGUGUGCUGAUGCCAGGAUGUAUGGUGUCCUUCCAUGGAAUGCUUUCCCAGGAAAGGUGUGCGGCUCAAACCUUCUGUCCAUCUGUAAGACCCCUGAGUUCCAAAUGACCUUCCACCUGUUUAUUGCCGCAUUUGUUGGUGCUGCAGCCACACUGGUUUCACUGCUCACUUACAUGAUUGCCGCUACUUACAACUUUGCCGUCCUCAAACUCAUGGGCCGAGGCACAAAGUUCUAG